CAAUUUAUUUCACGCGAUAUAAUCCAACGGUUCUGCUUUCUGGUACAGAGAAAACCUUGAUAGAAACACCGAACAGGAUCCAAACUGGUUCAUAAGAAUGAGGAAGAAACAGGGAGUGGAAGUUGACUCUGAAUUGAAGUAGUUUUCGCGUUAUCCUUGAAAACUGCUGCUGAUAGUAAGCGUAAUUUAUGUGAAGAUGGGGAAGUUGACUCUUCCGUUUGUUGGAAUGAUUAUGGCGGAGUUUGCUCAAGUUGGUCUAAUCAUAUUGAGCAAAAAAGCCAUGGCACAAGGAAUGACCAAUUUCAUCUUCAUCUUCUAUUCCAACACAAUCGCUGCCCUCCUUCUUCUUCCCAUUUCCUUACUUAUACACAGAUUUGAACGUCCUCCAAUCACCUUUUCCAUCCUUUGUGAAUUCUUCCUGCUUGCACUGCUCGGUUAUUUGGCGCAGGCUUUUGGGUAUGCUGGGAUUUACUACGGCUCAGCUACACUCAGCACAUCCAUUCUCAACCUCGUUCCUGGUUUUACUUUCGUACUUGCUGUUCUUUUUAGAAUGGAACAAUUAGAUUGGAGAAAAUUUAGCAGCCUAGCUAAGUCCUUGGGAACAAUAGUUUCAAUUGCUGGUGCUUUUAUUGUGACUUUGUACAAGGGCCCUGCACUUUUGCUGGGAGUGUCAUCGGCAGACUCAUCUCCAAAGCGACUUUUAUCGGUAGAUUCUAAUUGGAUACUUGCAGGAUUAUUUCUCGCUGCUGAUUGUGUAAUGACUUCCGCAUAUAUUAUUUUACAGGCUUCUAUUCUUAAAAAGUAUCCAGCAGAGUUGAUUGUUGUAUUCUUUUAUUGUUUCUUUGUGGCCAUUCAAUCUGCUGUGACUUGUUUAGUUGUGGAAAGAGACAUCAAUGCUUGGAGCUUGGAACCCAAGUUAAGGUUGCUUGCAGUAUUAUACUCGGGAGUCAUGGGCUCUGCAUUUCAAGUUGGUAUUAUUUCUUGGUGUUUGCACAAGACAGGACCAGUUUUUGUUUCCAUGUUCAAGCCCUUAGGAAUACUCAUAUCAGUGGUUUUAGGUGUUUUCUUCCUCGGAGACGCAUUCUAUCUUGGAAGUCUGGUUGGUGCUAUUGUGAUUGUUGUCGGGUUUUAUUCUGUAUUAUGGGGGAAAGCCGAAGACAUUAAAGAUGGUGGAGUGAGAAUGAUACGUUACCAGAAAGUGGGAGAUGAGCUCCUUUUGGAGGAAAACAGCCAUGAGGACACACAAGGGCCUUAGUUCAUUUUAAAAGGAUGCUCCAAUUCUGCCAUCAAAUAGGCAGUUUCAAAUAUUGUACUCAGAAUAAAAAAGUAGUCUCUGAAGUAUAUUAGUUCUCUCCUUUCUUUUGAGGAUGAGGACUAGUGUUACCUAUAUACUAGUGUGUAGAUGUGUCGAUCUAAAGUUGGAGUUUAAAGAUGACAUCAACCUUGAUAGUUGUAACAUGUUUUGUUCA